AUGAGUGCAGAAGCUACUCCACAGGCUGAUAUGCCACAACGUUACGGUGAUAUCCACAUUUCCGGACAUGCAAGAGUCCAUCUCGGUAACCAAUAUGCGCUUCAUAGCGACUUGUUUGAGAGCGGCACAGCACAGCAGAGAAGAACAGCCUUAUACAACGCCCUAAACUACGCUGGGUCGAAUACGAAGAGGGACCACAUUGACCUGGUUGAGGUUGGUCCAGAUUCCUUCAAAUGGGUUGCUGACAGCAAGAUCUUCGACUGGCUUCGAUCGGGAGACACUCCUUUCUGGAUCGCUGGUAAACCAGGUUCUGGUAAAAGCACUCUCAUCAGAUACUUGGUUGAUAGCAGAAGUACUCUACAGCAAUUGAAUGCUAGUGGCAAAAAUUGGACGAUUGUGCACUUCUUCUUCGAUUUCCGUGCUGGCAAGGAUCUGGCAAAUCAGCCACUCGGCAUGGUGAAUUUGUUCUUGCGACAACUCAUGAAAUCGGUUUCUGUCGUCGCAGAAUACCUAGACGACCAAGAUGUUCAUCAGCGACUUCUCUCCGGUUCAGUCAAUGACUCAUUAGACGUCUUAGCCGAAGCGCUACGAUCAGCUGAUGCACAUGUCUGUGCGUUCGUCGAUGGUCUUGACGAAUACGAAGGCAGUUUGUGGGAGCUUUGUGCGUUUCUUGAGUCACUACGAGAUCGGACAGGCAUGAAGAUGUGUUUCGCAAGUCGUCCCGAGACAGAAAUUUGGCAAGCGUUUCAGAAGUGGCCGACUAUACUCAUGCAGAAACAUAACAGCAUCAGCGUUGCCGCUUACCUCGAUCGCAAGCUAGCGAAACAGAUGCUGUAUCUGCCGAUGAUACAGCAACUGUUUGACAAACAGGUGCGAGAUAGACUUCUCGAGAAGGCUCAAGGCGUGAUGCUAUGGGCAAAAUUUGUUGUGGAUGAGCUAGUGGGAUCAUGCACGGAAUCGACAACAAUUCAAGCUGUGCUAAAGCUCCUAGAAGGCACGCCUGCGAAGCUCGAUGAUCUGUACGAACGUAUAUUGCAGAAGCUACCAGAUGCCAUGCUCGCCGACGCCGCACUACUGCUACAUCUUGUUAUCUCCCGCGAGAGGUGCGCUCCUCGAAACCUCGAACAGCCACUUCUUUACCAAGCUAUCGCCUUUAUACAAACAAGUCACGGCAAGACUGCGUUUCUAGGUAGCCGUCUUGAAGAAUUUUCAAUGGAUUUUCGUACGAAAGCAAUAUUGGGAAACAUUGUUGAUUUCGUUGUCGACGUGUCUGGUGAUGUCGUGGUUCGCUCAAUUCACUUAACGUUCGAUGCCUAUUUGCAAGACACGAAGUGGAUAGCUGCGCACUUGAGCAAAGACAUUCAAAGUAGAUACGUUGACCUGCCAUGGUCGUGUCUUAUCUGUGAUGUCGUUCAGCAUCUGGAGCAAACUAAUACAAUUGACAAGACCUAUGCAAUAGCAGCUCUUGACGAAGUUUCUCAAAAGACUCAACAGCUGCCGUACAACGUUUAUUGGGGUCGAGAAUUCAGUUAUUCUACGGAGGAUUUCUGGCAGAAUUGUUUCAGUAGAACGUCUGAGAAACUGGAUAGAUCCACGUGGUGCAGUCUGUAUGAUCUUGCCAUCAAACAGGGGCCCGAAGCAGCUGAAGCGUGCCCGCUAGAGGCCGGCGAAGAUAGGUUCGAGAAGAAAACAUCUAUAUCAACGGCAGGCGUCAUGCUACUACAUAUUAACAAGUGCCAUGAUUGCCGUUGGUCUACAGAUAAUCCUGUUUUGCUCGUGCGACUUGCGAAUCUGAUAACAUCAGGUGCUCUACCCCUUUAUAUCGCUCUGCUACACAGAGAUCUUACGUACCUCGACAGAGCGCUCGAAUCUAGCUCUUGGAGUGAAGGAACAUUGAACGACUUUCUGGAUAUUCUCGUGUGGACCAACUACCCCAAUGUCGUGAGCGAUGGAGAUUUCGGGCAAUUCAUACAGAUUCUCGCAAACCGCGGUUGUUAUGUUGAAUGUCGUCACAUCUGUGGGAUGAACUUCGAAUCUCGACAUCCAUGGGGUGGCCACGAUAAUUGGCGGAGGAUGAAGCAUGCUUUCGUGGUACAGAAAGGAAGAGCUUGGUCACGAGAACACGCCAGGGACUGCCAGUAUUUCAACACGGGAGUAGGGUUCCUGUCUCAUUGGUGCGCUACGAAAGCUCAAGACCAUGUGGUAUGGCUCGAUCUUCUACGCGACCUUGGUGAAGAUGUUACUGCCCUAAUCAGUCCGAAUCUGUCUGCAUUCCAUGCGAUCCUCGAGAAGCCAAAUGCUUUGGCAAGAAGCAACUCUAUUCAGAAAUUCUUGGCCUUGGCCGAAGCUGGUGUUACGCCACUGUAUGAUUCGUACACAGGCUGUGCACUGUCGUAUGUACGUGAAUUGAAGUGGAAAUGGAGAUGGUAUCUAGACGCCAGAAAUUACGAGAAGCAUGUUACUGUCAGGGAUCAAGAGCUAAUGAGAGAAUGCAUAAAGAUAUAUUAUGUAGAGCUGGUAAAAGUCCUUGAAAUCUUUGAGAACUACGCAAGGACAGGGUCAUGGCCAGCCGACUUCCUGGAGGAAGCGAAAGAGUAUUGCAAGAACGAAAGAAUGAGCGAAGAUGUUUUGAAACUCAUCACUGAUCUCGAAGAGAGAUUUCCUGAGCAGCGGGAUCUACUUGACCAGGAACGGGAGAGAGCGAGAACAGGAAUCUACAAAAGGAUCAGAUAUAGCUAG